AUGUCAUUACAAAUAGUCUUAUCAAGCUUCAUCCAUUUUUCUUGCCAAACCCCCCAAAGCACUCCACUCUUCAAACACCGUUCUACACAAUUCUCCACUUGCAAAAUUUCUCCAAACUCUUCACGUUCAUCUUCAUCUUACUCUUCCAUGGCGGCUACCAAUUUCAAUCUUUCUCAAUUGGAUUCUUCUUCUUCUCUUUCUAUUGGACAAACUGAUCUCUUAAUCGUUGGUCCUGGUGUUCUUGGUCGUUUAGUCGCUCAUCAAUGGCGUCAGGAAUAUGAGGGUUGUCAAGUUUUUGGACAAACAAUAACCAAUAAUCAUCACGAGGAGUUGAUUCAAUUGGGUAUUAGUCCCUCUUUGAACUGGACUAAAUUUCAACACAAGUUUCCCUAUGUGAUUUUUUGUGCUCCCCCUUAUCAAUCCUCGGAUUACCACGGUGAUCUUAAGCAGGCUGCAUCAUGCUGGAAUGGUGAAGGUUCCUUUCUGUUUACAUCAAGUUCGGCUCCGUAUGAUUGUAACGAUAAUGGUUUAUGUGAUGAGGAUUCUCCGGUUGUGCCGAUUGGGAGGAGCCUAAGGACUGAUAUCCUUUUAAAUGCAGAAAGUAUUGUGCUCGAGUUUGGCGGUUCAGUUGUUAGACUAUCUGGACUUUAUAAAGAAGGUAAAGGCGCGCAUGCUUAUUAUUUAGAGAAGGGGAUUGUUGAAUCUCGACCUGACCACGUCCUGAAUCUCAUACAUUAUGAGGAUGCAGCUUCGCUCUCGGUUGCAAUCUUGAAGAAACAUUUUCGUGGAAAGAUUUUUUUAGGCUGCGAUAAUCAUCCUUUAUCCAGGCAAGAACUGAUGGAUCUAGUUGAAAAAAGUGGAAAGUUUAGUAAAAAGUUCGAGAAAUUCACAGGAACCGAUGAUCCUCUUGGUAAGAGAUUAAACAACUCAAAAACGCGGCAGGAAGUAGGGUGGGAGCCCAAGUAUUCUAGCUUUGCUCAUUUUCUCGAGACCUUAUGA